AAAUAUAUCGACCUAUAGCAGUUGAGUAAAAAUAAAAAUACUCGAUAAAGUAACGUGACGAAAGUUUAUUAAAUAAUUACUAUAAUAACAAGACAAUGAAUACGCAUUAGAUAAAUAUAAAUACAUACAUACAGUCAACGGACUUUCGCCACGUAAUCCCUUACUACUCCUCAAGUCAUCAUCGUACUUACGUUUAAUUUAUAUCUAUAUAUUUAUAUCCGUGUAUCUGAAAAGGCCUCGCAUUUUCGACAAGUAUCGCAUACGUGUUGUUUCUAUCAGAGAUCACUAUCAGUUUUAUUCUUCACUUUAUAUACACAUAUAUAUAAAUAUAUACAUAUACUUGCCGUACUCCAUACUCCAAACAAGUGGCUGUGACGAAACUAAAUAUUAACAAAAAAAAAAAUGUUGCCCAGUGUUGCGUAAUUUAAAAAUUAAUACCGUUAAUAAUUUUCACAAGACUGGUGAUUGUAAUUUGUAAUUCAUAUUAUUAUUAUUGUUAUUAUCAUUAUAAUUUUAAACUGUAACUAUUUAGUGUAAACCAGUGAGUCAAAGUAGUCAAAUGUCAACACACGUCAGAUUAUAUUUUUAUUUAUCAGAUAAAUGAUUAAAAAUACAAAUAAUAAUAAUAGUUAUUAUAAUUAUUAUUUGUCACAAGAGGAAAUAACGACGUAAACAAAGAAUUUAAUAAUAAUAAUAAUAAUAACGACAAUAAUAAUAAUAAUAAAUUAUUAUACGUCAGUACUUUUGCAUCUCAUCGACCAUUUGACCUCGACUUAAAUACACUUACGCCAAUUAAAAUGAGUACCGUAGAAGAACGUCCAGGACCAUCACAUCCGUCAGACUCGGCCACCAAAGACAAGGAAAAAGAUGACAGAAUGUUUGAAUGCAAUAUUUGUUUAGAUACUGCCAAAGACGCUGUCGUCAGUAUGUGCGGACAUUUAUUUUGUUGGCCUUGUCUUCACCAAUGGCUGGAAACGAGACCUACGAGACAAGUUUGUCCAGUAUGCAAGGCUGCCAUCAGCAAAGAAAAAGUUAUUCCACUGUACGGGCGAGGUGCCUCGAAACAAGAGGAUCCAAGGAAUAACGUCCCGCCAAGACCAGUGGGCCAAAGAUCUGAACCGGAAGGAAGCUCGGGAUUCUCAGGACUCGGGUUCGCUGACGGGGGUUUCCAUAUGUCCUUCGGUAUAGGCGGAUACCCGUUUGGUUUCUUCAUGUCGACGUUUAACUUCGGUGACAACCGACCUAAUGCUGCACCUCGAGGAACUCCACAGCACGACGAAGACGUCUUCAUAUCAAAAUUAUUUUUAUGGCUGGCAUUGAUCUUCAUAACAUGGCUACUGAUAGCCUAACCGCCAUUGAACUCAACGAUAAUUUAAAACUCAAUGCAGAAACAAUUAAUGCGCUAGACCAAAUCCUCUAGUGUAACCUCCCGUAUCAAAAUCAAAUGAAAUAUUUUUUUACUCUUUCGUUUUAAAUUGACCAUCAGCUGGGACAGUUGAUUAAAAAAUUAAAAUCCGUUACAUGUAGAAAGAACUAUUAUUUAAAUCUUGCGUUGAGCUUCGUUAAAUACAUUGUGUAUAUAUUUAAUAUAUUUACUGUGGACAUAUUCAUAUACGUAUUGCAUAUAUAUCAUAGACGUUAAGUUUAAUUGCUAAUUUAUACGUUUACAUUUAAUAAUUAAAAUAAUAAUGAUAAUAUAUAAUAUAUAAUUUAAAAUUAUUCGGAAAAAGCUGAGGGGCAACCAGGCAUUUGUCUAUCCAUUGUAAACUUUCUUUUUCACUUGUGGGUAAAGAGUUUAUAGAUUUUAUUUAAUUAUUAUCAUAAGCACAUUGUAAUAAAAAGGCAUUUAGAA